AUGGACCCUCAGACGGCCUUGGCGCGUCUCCAAGAACCGGCACUGCACGAUCUCUCCAUCCUGAGCAUAUCCGAGCCCAUCCUCAAUGUCGCGUCGCAGAACCACCGCUCGCCCUCGAAGCGUUACUCCAACGCAGAUAAAAUCAGCCAGACGCCCGCUUCGCUCGCGGCAGACCUCACGCAUUAUCAAGAGCUCUUCUCCAAACUGCGAUUCUCGUACGUCGAACAGGUGACGAAGGAGCGCUUUCUACGAGCUGUGACGGCCGAGCAGCCAGACUUCGUGACAGCAGCGGAGAAUGCGGAGCUGGAGGAGCGACUACGAGGAGAAAAGGCGGCGUUGAAGCAAAAGAAGGAGGAAGUCAGGGAGAUCAUCAGCGCAUUGGAAGAGCAGGGACGGCAACUUGCGAAGAGAUACGAGCAGAUCCAACUACAAACAUCACAGCUUGAUGCCCUGCCCGCAGAGAUCACGUAUCUGGAGACCACAAUCGAAUCGCUCCGCCAACGUCAAGAGCCCGAAGCCUCGGAUCCGGAAAUGCGCAUGCCCCUACAGCCUACACGAGACCUGCUGAAUGAUCGUGAACGGGAGCUGCGGAAUGUCGAGAUGGAGAUUGAGAAGCUGACAGCGGCGUUACCAGCCAAGAAGGCUGAAGUCGUGAGAUUGCAAGACGAGCUGGCUCCGAUCCAGAUGCGGAAGAUUAAGGCUGUCGAGGAGGCGCAAGAGGCGAAGAGGAGACGAGAGCAUGGCGGUACUGCGGACGAAUUGGAAGAGGAGGGCAGAUGGUUGCGUGGCGUUGAGUCCAGCUUGAAGGCCAUGCUGGAGGUUUAA